AUGGAUCAGAAAAUCAAUACUCUGAUUUUGGACGCAUCUCCAUUGAUCACUCAACCUGCUGCUCAGCUGAUGCAAUAUGCAGAAAAUUUCUUCACGACACCCGGUGUUUUCCUUGAGUUAAAAGACGAUAACGUUAAGAAACAACUUUUCAUAUGGGGAGAUAAAUUGAGGAUUAGGCAUCCAAAAUCAACAUUCAUAAAGAAAGUUCAAGAUUUUGCUAGGCUCACUGGUGAUCUUGCUGUCCUCAGUACGAAUGACCUUCAUGUGAUCGCCCUUGCGUACGAGCUUGAAUCGGAGCUGAAUAGCGGGAAGAGUUUGAGGAGUUUCCCAGGAGAGCGGGUAUCUUUUCAAAAUGAUGCAAUUAAAGAGAAACCGAAAAAUAAAACUGAUUUAUUAAAAGACGCAAAUUCCGACACUGCAAAGUUGAAUGAAGAAGCUUCAAAGAAGGAGAUUGUUCACCCAGAAUCAUCAGUCCCUGACAUUGACGACGAAAACACUUCAAAAGCAAACUCCUCAAACGAGUCGGAUGAAAACAAAAGUGACGAUGGAUUUAUUGUAGUCAAACCAAAGAGAAAUCCCAAAAGUGGGCGUAAAACGGAAAAGGCGGCCAAUCCAGAAAAAGAAAAGAUCAUAGAGACCACCACGCCGACAACUCAACAGACUGGAAACGAGGAAGAAAACUCUUCUCGUGGACCUGACGCUGAAAAUAAAGCUGAAAUUCCUGACGAUCAAAGUGAUGAUGAUGGUGAUUGGAUCACCCCAGAUAACCUUAUGUCAGAAAUGCUGAAAGACUCUGCCAAAGUUCAGCAGACAGCUGAAGGAUUGGCUGAUAUCAAAGUGGCAAUGUCAACCGCUGAUUUUGCAUGUCAAAAUGUUGCCCUAAGGAUUGGUAUUCACCUGAUGAACUACACCACUGGGAUGAGAAUCAAACGCGUUAAUUCAUACAUGUACAGAUGCCAUGCAUGUUUCAAGCUUGUUCCUUUAUCUAAGAAUGGAUUGCCCAGACAUUUCUGUCCCACCUGUGGUGGAAAUACGUUGAAGAAGUGCUCUGUCUCUGUCAACUCCAAAACUGGUGAACUGAUUCCUCAUUUGAAAAAGAACUAUGUUUGGAACACACGAGGUGAAAAAUACUCUCUUUCUUCACCACAGUCCAAAAAUGCCAGCAGAAGACAAGGAAAUGCUGGUUAUCAACAUGAUAAGCUCAAACGUGGAGAUGAAGUUUUGCUUUUGAGAGAGGACCAAAAAGAAUACCAACAAGCCAUAUUGAAUGAGCAGCGUCUUAGACGGCAGAAUGAGAAAUUGCUUGAAGACUGGGUCGGUGGAGGAUCUGCUGACAACUUCAUCUCUCCGUUCACAAACACACAGCAUAUCAAGCAGAGCGGAGUGAAGAUUGGUAAAGGAAGGCGGGCUAAUGCCUCAAAGAAGAAGAAGUAG